ACGUAAGGUUGUCAACACAGAGCCUAAUCAUUCGAGCGCAUCAUCACCUCUUCCGGCAUCUAGACAUAGACAACAAUCCCAAAAGUUGCCGGUUUUCUUUUGAAGUAUAAUUGAAAGGCGUUCCGAAAAAGUACGUUAGCAGAUGGUCACAAGGAAAAAUGUUUUAAAUACUGAAGAGGUCGCCUCACGCACUCUUCCUUUGUUUGCGUCUUUGACGGAUAACAGCAUCAAUAUCGCGCUCGUCGCUUCUGCAUGGUGUGCAAGGUAUGGCGUUGACCCAUCUGCUGCUGUUGCCGAGCUCUACACGCUUAUCGCGAAGGCUGGUGGUAGUGCAACAACGAUUACGUCCAUCGAAUUAAUGGACUGCAGCCUUGAAGAUAUAGGUGCAAGAGUCCUCUCGGAGUUCGCAGUUCGGAACCACGACUCUGAUGUUCUGUUGGAGAACUCAGAUCCGAGAAUAGCAAAGGAGCUAACGAAGUCUUUCAGGAACAACUACCUCCAGUUCUGGGACAGUCUGAUUCGAGAUAGCUGCCAAACUGAUUUGCUCUUCCUCUCUCGAAUAUCGCCAUCUGGCCGUGCAGAGCGUGCCGGUGAAGAAAAACCUUGCUUGGUGUCCUCGGUACCCCUUUUUGAUUCGCUUGUCGACCUCAUCACCAUGUUUUCUAGCACGAGGGCAAGGAAAAUUCGUGUAGCGGCAACUGAAGCCGGCUUGCAGCUGGUGACUUCACUGAUUCAAACUGUCAAACUUCAUGCUGAUACGCGAGAUAUGAAGCAACGUCAGCUGGACGCUGAAAUAAAUAAAAGAAAAAGAUCAAAUAACCUCAUGAUCAGGACACUCAAGGAAGCUUUAGUCCUCACACAGAAUCGAGUUAACAGUACAGAGGGCAUGAUAAAGGAAACAUUCAACAGAGUAUUCACGCAUCGAUUCAGAGAUACGGAUGCAAACAUCCGUACAAGCUGCAUGCGUUCCAUUGGCCACUGGAUGCGAGACCAUCCACUCUUUUUCCUUUCGGACUUUUAUCUGAAGUAUUUAGGUUGGUCCCUAAAUGAUAAGAACCCAGACGUGCGGCUUGCAGUACUGGUUGCACUGCGUGAUUUGUACAGAGCAUCUUCUGAAAAUUUGGCAUUGAUGGACACAUUCAAUGCCCGUUUUAUGUAUCGUGUGAUAGAGAUGCUGGAUGAUAUUGACCCCAGAGUUGCAGCUGAAGCUGUUUCGACUGUUGGGCUGCUGUUAGAAGCCAGUGUCCUUCCGCAUAAAGAUGCUGGUGCAGUAGUCUCGCUCCUGUUGGAUAGAAGUGAACAUGUCCGUUGCGCUGCUGCUGCUUUAAUCCCCAGCCUUGCUUCUCGUGAGAGCAGAAAUAGAGGUGCAGUACCCCCGCCAUGCUAUGUGACGCACUCACCUGCCACAAAAAUACAUAAUGAAAACAUCCGAGACACUUCCCGUGAUACUAUCAUGUCAGUCGUUCGCAUUAUUAAAGAUCUUCAAGGCAGCCGUGCACGCAGUGCUAUCACAGUUGACGCACUCUGGAGUAUUCAUCACUCGACUCUUUCAGACUGGGAACUUCUCUGCAGGAUGCUGCUUUUCGAAAGUCCCGAGGUUGGUAAGCCUCACGACCCAGUGUCAGAUGCGGAAUUGACGAGCAACGAUGCAGCUAUACUCUCAAAUAUAUUUGCUUGCGCUGUUCGUCGGGCAUGUGGAGAACAACUUUUGAGGCGAAUAGACGCCCGUGGUAUGACCGGUGGACGAGCAACUCAACGUCUUUCGAUAAAAGCCCAGCGAAAAGAAAAAGAAUAUGCUCAGGAGACGUUUACAAAAGCUGCGAUGAACUCGAUCCCUUCCUUACUUUGUAGGUGGAGUUCAGACGCGGCUGUAAUUGGACCACUAAUCGAAACAUUGAGACACGUUAAGCUUGAGCAUUUUUUGCUGAUGCACAGAGAAAAUGACUUCGAAGAAAUUCUAAAUUGCAUUGGCAGCUUAUUUUUUCAACACUCGAGCAGGCGAAUAAUUGAUGCAUGCGUAGAAUUCACAUUCCACGCUAUAACGAAUAGUCACGGAGCACUCAACGAAAUCAGCAGAAAAUUCUGUGAAAAUUCUUUCCACAAAAUUUCAGAACGGUUGCAUCAUGUUUUUACUGCUAUGAAGGAAAGGAAUGGCUGCAAUACUUCGCAUGCUCACGAAGGAAACAUUGACCUUAUUUGCGAUUCAGGAAAAACAUCCUAUGCGCAUUCAACAUUACAGAACAGGGAGAUAUAUUUCCAACUUCAUGGGGACUUGGCACGACUGAAUGCAUUUCUAUCGCUUUUACCGCCACCUGCAAUAGCUCAAAACCCGCUCAAGAAAUUUAACUUCUUUUGUGACCUUACUUCAUUUAUUACCAGUGCCGCGCACGGCAGUUCGCGCGUCAGCGUGCAUGCAGUAGCUCUUGCACUUCGUGCUUUAUCGCUCGCCUUGAGGCAUGACAUUCUAUCGCUUCUUCACAAGAAAGAUUUGUCUAUUUCAGCAAUAGCGGCACACGUUUCGAUCCGAGACGACUUCAUCUUUAACGCUAUAGCUCUCGCCAAACUUUCUGAUGGAUUAUAUUCUGGGAGCCGUAUUUUGGCCAAGGCGGUCAUAUCUGCUGUGACGAAUCUUAUUAUUUGCUGCCAAGCUUCUCACGUUGUAUUUGACACAGGUCUUAGGCGAGCUGGAAUAGCAAUAGAAGUUCUCGAAACACUCGAACUUCGCUUCUCUGAAUCUACCUUGCGAACAAUAUGGGAUACCUGUAAUCGUCUUCUCGAUAUUCCUGCAGAAGGUAGUGUUCAAGGAGUAGAUGCUGAAGACUAUUGCGCGGAUGGUGAGAUUUCCAGACUUGCAUAUGGGCUUGCCAUGUACGAUAUCGCAAAGACAACCCAUGGAUUUGUCGCAGCUGAGCUCUUAGCAAACUAUGGUCAUGCUGGGCAUUGGACUGAUCAUGCCAUUGCCGCGAUCUUCAUCGAUCUCCGUCACCUAGGACCACACGCAGCCGGGAGUACAGUCACCAUAUCCCUAGCAUCUGCUUUCGAAGAAAUAGUUGUAGGAGAUCAGGAAGUUGCAGUUGAUCUCGAGGAAGCAUUUGUUGAGUUUGCUGAGCGCCUCGCAGGAUUAUUCAUGGUGGGUAGUCAGCGUGAUAGAGUGGCAGUUCGAUGUGUUGUCGAAGAGGGGCUCAAUUUUGUUGUCCCGACGGCAGCACCAAACCCAAUGCGACUUUCUUUUCUGUCCUUGGGACUCAAACCAUUCAUCCCAAAACUUGCCACGAAAGACGCGAAGUCGCUGAUUGAUCCACUGAACACAGUUCUUUCAGCUGUUCGAUCAGAGGAAAGAGCAGCUCUUCCGCUCCUGGACUUCGUGAAUUGUGUGGCAACACGUGCACGGGGUGCAUGUUGCCGGUAAUUUAUCACCUGUAGGCCUUUAUAAUAUAUUGUAGCUGAGUACUUCUACGUUGUAGUAAGUACUUCCGUACAAUUACACGUAGUUUGAAAGUGUAUUUAAACUUAAAGAAGAAAUAUGAGUAACCUAAUACUA